AUGAGCUCUGGAUCAAGCAGUCCAAAGCAGAAUAUCAGAUGUUACAUAUGUAGCAAGACUGGCCAUAUUAGUUGUAGUUGCCCAGAGCACACAAAAUGGAACAACAGUGCUGAUGCUGCAAACAUUAUGCAGAGUGAUGAUGAAGAAAUGGAAUAUAUCUUUUGAGGCAACUUUGGUGGAAAAUCGGUUAUAUCUUUGUGAAUUCCCUUAGCCCCUUGGUAGGAAUGUGUUUCUGCUG